UUAGUGUUUUGAGUCGUUGGACAAGAAGUCACAAAAUGGACACUUGGGUUUACUUAUUGGUGGCUAUUGUCACGCUGUUUUGGUUCUACGUGAAGAGAAGUCAUGGCUUCUGGGCGAGACAAAAUGUUCCUGGCAAGCCUCCGACUUUCCUCUUUGGCCAUCUCGAUAUUCUGGGCCGGAAGCACUUAGCGCAGGGCAUCAAAGAGACGUACGAUUCAUUCAAGAAGACCUCAGAUUAUGCCGGAUUCUACUUCUUCACCUCGCCCAGAAUCAUUCCUCUUAGCCUGGACCUCAUCAAGCACAUCCUCGUGAAGGACUUCAACUACUUUUCGGACAGGAAGUUGUACUUCAACGAGAAGGACGAUCCGCUGUCGGCACACUUGUUCAGCAUUCGUGGCGAGAAGUGGCGAACAUAUCGCCAACAACUAUCGCCGACUUUCACGUCUGGGAAGAUUAAGAUGAUGUAUCCUCUAAUAGUGGAACACAUCGGCGCCCUGAAGGCGUUCCUGAGGAAGAAUAUGAAGCAGGGCCCCAUGGAUUUUAAGGACGUGUGCACGAGAUAUGCUGCAGAUGUCAUUGGACUGACAGCUUUCGGGAUGGAAUGCAAUGCACUGAAGAAUGAGAAGUCAGAGAUCUUGAGGAUGAACCACUUGCUGUUCACCUUUGACACCUUCGCGAAGCGCCUCAAUCUGCUCUUCACUGCGAGCUUUGAGGAGAUUUCACGGAAAAUGCACCUGCGAAUCGUGCCAAAAGAGCUGGAAGAUUGGUUCAUGGGCAUGAUCAAAGAGACGCUGAGACUGCGAGAGAGCGGCAAAGUGGAUCGCAAUGACUUCGUGAAGUUGCUGCGGCAGCUGAAGAACAAAGGUACCGGAGCGAGCGAGGAUUUGACAUUCAACGAAACGGCAGCGCAAGCUUUCAUCUUCUUCUUCGGUGGCUUCGAGACCACGGCGACAACCAUGCACUACUGCUGUGGUUACCUGGCCAAGAAGCAGGACAUCCAGGAGCGAGUGCGUGAAGAAGUGAGGCAAGUUCUGAAGAAAUACAACGGAGAAUUGACCUAUGAAGCGGCACACGAGUUGACGUACCUCAAGCAAUGCAUUGACGAGACUCUUCGAAUGCAUCCACCAGGAUUUUCACUCUUCCGCAUGGCAAUCAACGACUACCGCGUGCCCAACUCUUCUCUGGUCAUCAAGAAGGGUCAGGAAGUGAUUAUUCCCAUCUAUGGCAUUCACAUGGAUCCUGACAUCUAUCCAAAUCCCGAUGUCUUCGAUCCCGAUCGCUUCUCGGCAGAAAACGUGAAGAAGCGCCAUCCAAUGGCACACUUGCCCUUCGGCGAAGGACCGAGAAAUUGCAUCGGCAUGAGAUUUGCUCUGCUGGAAUUGGCCGUAGCCAUUUCCAGUAUCGUCGACAACUUUAAGCUCACCAUGAAUCCGAAAACAAUCUUUCCAUUCCAGUUCGACACGAAAGAUUUGGCCAUUCUGCCAAAAGGUGGCAUUUGGAUUGAUAUUGAGGAGUUAAAAGCUGGACAGUAAAUUUGAUUUUGAAGUUUCAAUUCAUUUAUAGAAUUAAAUAGAGCAAACUUUCUGCAUUCGCACACACUGUGUUGUGCUUUUUUCCAGCAGCACUGAAUAACGCAGGACUGCAGAAUGUUCACACGGUGAGAACAAUAAAAUGUGAUUUUAA